AUGCCUAUAAAUAGGCAUGCAAUGCAACAAAGCAAUAUCAAACUUGAUCGGUACUGCUGGAAUUCUGCUGACACGAUGGAUGAUCUUCACGUAGUUGGAAGAAUCACGAAGCUCAACAACAAAAAUUACAACACGUGGGCAACAUGUAUGGAGUCUUAUCUACAAGGUCAAGAUCUUUGA